AUGUCUCUGUGAUUCCUAAUUUCGUUGGACACCUUUACAAUGGUCCAAUGCAUCAUCUAGAUGUUACCCCGUUAAUCAUUUCCAGAGACUUGGGCACUAACAAACUGCGGACGUUGCACAAGACGACAUUUAAAGGCAUGCGCUCACUCGCUGAAUUGGACAUGUUCGACAACCAUGUGGAAUAUCUGCCAGCUGGCAUAUUUGAUUCCUUAGUCAAUUUAAGAAUUCUACGGCUCCAAAGAAAUUACCUGGAAGAAAUUGAUAGUCACGCAUUCAGAUCAACGAAGAAACUUUUUCACGUAGAUCUAUCAAAUAACUAUUUAUAUUCCCUUCCAGAAAAAUUGUUCGGAAAUAAUUCAUUUUUGGAAACCAUCGACAUUUCUAAUAACCAUAUUAUGUACAUGCCUUCAGACAGCUUCGUUGGUCUGGAAUCGCUGCAAAUAUUAGACUUAUCAAAAAAUAAAAUUCAACGAAUCGAAAACGGAACCUUUUCAUUAAAGACACUUCAGAUAUUAAAACUGUCUGAUAAUAAGAUAUGUAAUAUAAGUGAAAAUGCUUUUGAAAGCCUACAGGCUUUAGAAACUUUAUUGUUGGAGCGAAAUAAGCUGCAAAGUAUUCCAACUCGUCUUUUUCACAAUGUGGAUUGUUUAACCUUUCUGGAUUUAUCCAGUAACAAUUUGAUGAGAUUAACGGGCGUUGAAUUUGAAAGAUUGAAGCUUUUGCGCACGCUGGAUUUGAAGGAUAACGCUCUUACCGAACUUCCAGACUUCACGUUUUCGAAUAACACAAACUUGGAGAAGCUCGACUUAUCAAAAAAUAAACUAAGAUUUUUAAACGUCACCACAUUCCUUGGAUUGGAAAACCUCACCUCGCUUCUGUUAUCGGAAAAUAAAUUGUUCGAGGUGCAUUUCAAAACCUUUUCAACGUUGAAAAAUCUAACGACCCUGCAUUUGGACAACAACAUGUUUCCUUCAUUACCGUCGCGUACAUUGGAUUACAUGCCGAAACUAGCGAUCGUCAAGCUAUCCGGUAACCCGUGGCACUGCGACUGCCAUGCAUUGUAUAUUUCAGCCUGGGUUCGUCUCAACGAGAUGAAGAUAUGGGAUUACUCUCCGACUUGCGUGUCGCCCUGGUACCUCGAAGGUCAUUUUCUCAAAAAGUUAAAGUUUCCAGAGCUUUGUGCUGGCCAGUGGGCGAGUAUGGUGAAUCUUUCUCCGCGAUUACCAAUACAACAUUUGCUAGCUUUAAAUGUGUCUGUGAAUAGAAAACCUCAAGACAGUAUGGAGCAGAACCACGACGUCACUACCAUUGAUACUUGGCACUAAAUUGGCUUCAUCACUUGUUCUCUUUAUCUCCAUUGUUAUUAUUUCUGUACCAUCUUUUAUCUGAAUGUGAUUAUCAGGAUUCCAGUCCUUUGUAAUAAUGUUCUAUUAAUAAAAAUAUUGCAAUAAAUAAAUUGAGUCACGAAAAUAA